GCACCUCUGGUUACACUAGCAAAAGUGAAAUUUUUUUAACGACAGUUUUGUUCAAGCCGACUACAGUUUACUCGUUUUGCGGACAACAAAGUCAACUCGGUCUUAAGAACGCAGUCAGUAGAAUCAUUCAUAAACAGGUUUAGUCUUGUUUCUUUACGGGGAAGUACUCAGUCGGAUCAUAAGAUGGCCUCCAGUGGUGCUGGUGGCGGUGCGUGCUCACAUGCAGUUUUUGUGGCCUGGAUGGUUUUUGCCAUGUUGCUGACGCAUGGCAGCGGUGUUGUGGAUGCACGGCGUAACCAGGGCAGCAACCAACGCAAGACCUCAUCCUCCUCGUCGUCCAGCUCGUCCUCCAACUACGGUCACGUGACCCAGCCCAGCUACAAUACGAAUGGCCACGGAGCCGGCAAUUCGCACGCAGAUGUGGCGAAACUUAGUUACCCCAACUAUAAUUCGCAGCCGAAUCGUCCGAUGACCGCUGGCUCGGCGGGAUCGCCAGGAAGUGCCCCUCAACCGGGCUGGAAUGUGCCGCAGGGACCACCGCCGGCCUACUCCGCCUCCAAUCCAGCCAUGGGAGCUCGGCCCAAUAUGCACGAACCACCGCCGUCCUAUCAUGCCCCCAACUACGGAGCAGCUCCGCCCAGCUAUGGAGCAGCCACAGGAGCGAAUGCCCAUCAGCCGCAGUAUUCGGGAGUGCCGGCCGGUGCCACCUACUAUCCAGCUGGAGGACACAGUGGCGGCUAUCCCUCGAACCUUCCCGCUGGAGCUACGUACUAUCCAUCUGCCGGACAUGUCCCUAUGGCUGGCGGCUACCAUCCAGCUGCUGCUCCGCCUCCAGGGGCCACCUACUAUCAGGCGGGAUCUGCUCUGCCACCCGGAGCAACAUACUACUCUGCACCGCCACAGCAGUCUUCCUCGGGACUGGGAUUCGGAACUGGUCUGUUGGCUGGCGGAUUGGGCGGUGCUCUGUUGGGUCACGCCCUAACGCCCUCGGGAGGCAGUUCCUCCUCCCAACCGGUGGCCGCGGCUCCAGCCGGUGGCCAGGAUCGCAUCAUCAUCAUCAACAAUGGCGUGCCGGUGAAUGCCACCGAUGGAACCACUGUGGUGAAUGCAGCCGGUGUGGCAGCUGCCCCACCAGUUGCAGGCGCACCAAUGCCCCCGGCCAAUGUGACCCAGGAUGGUCAGAUGCCAGCUGUUCCCAUGGCACCAAUGGCUCCCCUCAAUCCGGAGGCCUCCAACACGACCGCACCGGAUCCAGCUGCUCCUCCACCGGCUGGCGGCAUCAUCUGUGUGCCCACCAAGGUCAACGAAACGGAUCCAGCCGAUAGCUCCAAGAUGAUCGAAGUGGAGAAGAUCGCUUGCUACCCGGCCCCUCCGCCACCAGCUGCUCCGGCUGGCGAAGGACCAGCUCCACUGGCGCCGAUGGCCCCCGCUCAGCCGGGAUCGCAACAGGUGCAGCAGGCGCAGGAUGUUGCCGCUCCUGUCCAAGCAUCGGUCAAGUCCAACACGAGCGGCGGGAAAUCCAUUGAGGGAUUGACCAGUCAGUGCCUGCUCCUCAUGUUCACAUGCGGAAUGCUGGCCAAGCGCUUUGCUGGCUUCUAAAGAGCCCUAAAGAGCUUCUGGAACGUUCCAAGCUGCAUCGUGUGCACUUGCCCCACUCAAUUACCCUAAAAACCCAGCUCUACUGUACCUUUCGCCCCAGCUUUUGUGGCCUUUUCGCGCACGGAUUAUUGCGCACUGGCCAAGAUCAAUAAUUCCAGGCGCUAAUUGGACGAAAAUUGUUAAUUUAUGCCGUACCAUCUCCGAUUACAAUGCUCGUGGAUGAACAAGUUUAGUAUUCCCCUUUCUAAAGUCAGUCCCCCCUUUUCCAACUCGGCCUUCAAUUGUGAUGAUUGCGAUGGAAUGGACACCCCUAACCGGAACCCAGGCCAUCCCAGUGAGCUCGAAAACAAGACAAACAUUCGAAUAUCUCAGUAUAUGUCAGUAUAUAUAUAUAACUAUAUAACCCUUACUCAAAAGCCCUUGAAAAAAGACAAAGUGAACGUAAGUUCUCACUAAAAGUGUAUAUUUUUCUAGAAUUGUUAGCGUAAUUGUUGAUUGUUUUUUUGUAUUGUUGUAAGCAAACGUAUUUGUUGCACUCCUCAAUUGUUGAAUAAAAUAAAAAGCUUUCGCCUUCACCCAUAGCACUCGAA